AUGACCUCUUGUCCUUUGGUUCGCAAUCAAUUCAUCAGACUGGAAGCUGCACUUUCAAUGCACACAAUACCGAUAUUUUCUUCAGCGGCACUGCCACAACCAUGGGAUGAAAAGAGUGAAGCAACAACACCCAACAAACGAUACAACCAUCGCGCCACGCCGAACCAGCAUACCACUACCUCAAUGACUGCUACUGUUUCAGCGCUGAAUGCCAAUCAGACUGCGAUACCUACAUCUCCAAUGCAUCAAAGCCUUCCUGUCAAGAGGCAUUGUUCUGAAUCUGUGUGGAACACACGACAGGCGCAAGAUCAUCAACAAUUGAUGAUGGCAUUUCAACGCAAUCAAAAAGAGCAUGAUGGUGCACAUUCUUUCCAGUCCGCUGCUCGGAAACGAGCCUACCAGGGAGAUUUACAGCAAACAUCAUUUCAACAGAUGGAGUAUACAUCAUCAUCCGUAGAGAGAAUUGUCAAGAAGAGUCGUCUGGAAGCAUCAUCAUCAUCUUUGGAUACCAUGAGAUGUGACGAUGAUGAAGCUGUAUCCGAGACCAUGUUGACGCAAGGCGAAUCACCAUCAUCCCCGUCGAUGCAAGAUGCGGAAGAAGUGUGGAACUUCAUUGGGAUCGGAUAA